CUCUGCAUUAAAACCCUUCUCUCUCUCUCCUUUUUUGGAAGAGAGAGAGAGAGAGAAGACUGUGUGUGUGUGUUUAUAUGUGUCCAUUCAAUAACUGAUAGGACAUCUGAGAGGUAAGUGUGUGUGUGCGCGCAUUUCCUCUUUAUUUUUUUCUUCUUCUAAUCUUCUCCUUCUGCUGUUUUCCCCCCGUCUUCUUCCCCUUCCUCAUCACCAAACUUUCUUCACUUUCUAAGCUAAAACCCAAAAAAACAAAGAAGCCUAAAUAUAUAAUCAAUAUCCCAGACAAACAAACUCCACAUCUCCAUCCCUCCCUUCCAUACAAUAUAUUGGGUUCUUUUUCUUUUUUUUUUUUUUUUGAACCUGAGCUUUUCACACAUACACAGACACACAGUUUGAUUUAAUGCAACUGGUGAUGAUCAGAAUCUUGCCGCUUCACGUUGUCAUCAAGUUCAUUACAUGAAUUUUAAAGCAAAAGGUGUUGUGGUUGUUCAAUAAGCGGGUAAAGCUAUGAUGAUGAUGAAGAAGAAGCAAUGUCAUGGGUAAAUAAAGUUUUGGGAGUUUCUUUCUUCUUUAGUAUCGGAAAGUAAUUUCACGAAAAAACCCAGUUGAGGAAAGAGAAGAAAAUUUGUGAGGAAAAAAAUGUUGGAUCUAAACGUGGAUGCCGUAUCAGUGGACUCAGCCUGUGAUGAAACCGACCCACUUCCAGAACCGGGUCAUGUUUUCUUCCAGCAACCUGACCAUGAUUCUUCUGGCGCCUCCUCCUCCGUGGUCCACCACCACAACGCCGCCGCCGCCGCCACUACUACCCUCUUCGCCGAUGAGGAAUCCAACAGUUGUUCCGGCGGAGGGACCGCCCGGGUAACCACCACCCUCAAAUUCUCCAUCCUCGGCGGCGGCGGCGGUGGUGGAGGUUCCGGCGACGCCAAUCGCGUCAUACAGAUUGUGGAAGACGAGGAGGAAGAAGACGUGGACGACGGAAAUGAUCAGGAAUUGAUGACGAGGCACCUGUUUCCUCUGCCCAAGAUCACUAAGACCGAGUCUUCUUCUUUCUCGUUGACUACAUCCUCCUCCGCCAGGCCUCAGCAAUGGCUUAAGCUUUCGGCGCCGGAGGUGCUCGUCGGAGGAGGAAUCGAGGUGGGUUUUCGUCCUAAGAUCGGCGGUCUUCAUCAGCAGCAGCAGAAACAAGUUCUGGUGGGUCAACCAAAUCAACAACAGCAGCAAGUGAAGAAGAGCAGAAGAGGACCCAGGUCAAGAAGCUCUCAGUAUAGGGGUGUCACUUUUUAUCGCAGGACUGGAAGAUGGGAAUCCCAUAUCUGGGAUUGUGGGAAACAAGUUUACUUGGGAGGAUUUGAUACUGCUCAUGCUGCUGCUAGGGCUUAUGAUAGGGCAGCUAUUAAGUUUAGAGGGGUUGAUGCUGAUAUCAAUUUUCACAUAGGUGACUAUGAUGAAGACAUGAAACAGAUGAUAAACUUAACGAAAGAAGAAUUUGUUCAAGUACUUCGUCGUCAAAGCACUGGGUUUUCUCGGGGAAGCUCAAAGUUUCGAGGGGUCACUUUGCACAAAUGCGGUCGCUGGGAGGCUCGGAUGGGUCAGUUUCUUGGUAAAAAGGCUUACGACAAAGCAGCCAUCCAAUGUAAUGGAAGGGAAGCCAUAACAAACUUUGAGAGCAAUGCUUAUAAUGAAGAGCUCCGUAGGGCUACCAAAAAUGAAGUUAGGGACAAUCUUGAUCUCAAUCUCUGGAUUUCUCCGGCUCCAGAUAAGCUGAAAGAAAAUUAUCUUGAGUACUAUAGGACUCCUGAAUUACAAGAGGGGAAAAGAAUAAAGGUGGAGAGCUCCUUUACUGCUCCUGGUGGUGUGGCAGUUCCUUCCCAUGAAUCUUCAGUUUGGGCCAGCACAUAUUCUGAUUUUGGACCAAACCAUGAGGUAGUGAUUUCCAGAAUGCUUUUGUCCAACAUUUCGAAUCAAUACUGUUAGGCAUAGAUGUUUUCGAUCUUCAAAUGGUAUCACCCUUUGGAAAUUCUAACCUAAGAUGUACAUAUUGCAAUCUCAUUUUGAAUGUAUAUGCUGUUGUAAGAAUAACAACCAUACGAUUAAUUAUCAUAACAAGAUUCUUCAAUGCAAUCAUGUCCAUUUCCAGUGUUUUGAUUUUGUCAGUCUAUGGAUUGGGAUGCACAUGCAUAUGCGAACUCUCUUGAGUCUAGUGUCAUUUUAGCGCAUAGUGCAACAUCAAAAUUCUGUGAUUCACUCCCUAGACAUGCAUCAUGUUUUGACAGGAAAGUGCAAGAAAAUUGAGGGUUGAUGGUAAUCCAGUAAUACCAGGAUUAUCAAACUGGCCUUGGAAAAUGCAUUGCCAAGGUGUAAUCACUUCAGUGCCUUUGUUUUCUUCUGCAGCAUCAUCAGGAUUCUCCACAAACACUCCCUAUUCAACUUCAUUUCAGUCAUCAUCCAACUCCCAGAAUAAGAUUGUCCACACUACUACUGCCUUCCAGCACCCUCCAAUGACCCUUAAUUUCAACUAAAAAGGCGACGUGGUUGGGCAACGUGUUUUUUGUUUGGCCUUGGAAGGCAGAUGGGAGAGCCACUGAUCCGGUCAGUGUGGAAUUUCGUCUGUGUGAUUCUUGCAUAUAUAUAAUAUAUAAGGUACAAAGCAAACAAAUUUGAAACAUCUCAUUAUGUAUAGAUCAUCAGUGCAAUACUAUAUGUAGAAUUGCGACCAUGAUAAGUGUUAUAUAACCAUUCCUCUUUGGACUUUUGAAAUGCUAUAUAUGACUUCAUAGGUCCGCGAUACUAGUUCAAGAAGAAUAUUUACAGUCCUAAACUACUGUUUUGUUUCCUUUUUAGUGGGAAACCGAUGUAUCAAGCUGAUGUUAACUGCAUUCAAUAAAAAUCAUUUUGAGUCGAAUAGAGUAUAAUCCUAGAAAUAUUUUAUUCAUUUUAUUCGAGUUUUGUGAAUUACAGCGUCUAAUAUGUUUAGGGGGUAAUUAAGAUAGAAUAAAAACACAAAUAAUU